AUGAGUGACGAUAUUUUCAAGGUCAAACAGCAAAUCAAGGAUUGGGAGCAUAAAUUUAAGGUGCGGCAUGGAAGGCUACCCUCAAAAGUGGAUGUCCACGAUAAUCCCAAAAUCAAAGCGUUAUACUCCAAGUACAAAUCUACUAAAGUGAGUAAACACGUUUCCACGACCAAGGACAAACCUACUUCCAACAGUGAUGCAGAUGAAAAGGAAAAUAUGUUUCCGACACCAAACGGAGAGUUGGGUCCCACGCCACAAGCAAAUGGGAGGGUGCUAUCAAUAUUCGACUUCCAAUUGACUCCACCAGAAUCAUCUCCUUUGAAGAAGAGGUCUACAAAUGCUCCUGAUGUUGAAAACGACAUCGAUUCAAUUCCUCCUGAUGCUACACCUGUAAAGUCAAAGCGAAGACUAUCGUUUUCCACACCAACAAAGGCUUCUUCUGAAAGUAGCCCCACUACGAUUUCGAAGAAACUUCAGCAAGCAGCAGAAACACCAAGAUAUCUCAAAUCGACAGCUACCCCUAUAUUUAAUAAAAAUGUGGUGAACUUUCUGAUAUCGCCUUCUCCUUUAAAGCCAAACAGACUAGGAAGAAAACUAAUGGAUGUGUACAAUAUGUCUAUAAAGGAAAUGGAUCAUCGAGAUGCAGAAGAUUUGAUAGACAUAAAGGAGGUAGAGGAGUCUGAUGAAGUCGCAUCUGAUAGCCAACCUAUUGUCAAACGGAAAACACAGAAGCGUCAAACCAGGCGCUCCAAGAUGGCCCCUAGGCCAAUUCUUGAGAUCGAUUCUUCGGAUGAAGUUGAUGUCCAACAGAAGAUGUCCAACUUGGAGGAAAGGGAGAGAGCUGCAUUGGCUGCUUAUAUGAACUCUGACAGUGAAUCUGAAUCUGAUGUGUUAGAAAAUGGCCACAUGCAUGGAAGUCCAGUUAAGAAAACUAGGAAGCCAAUUGCUCAAAACUACAAAAGACUCAAAAUAAAUGAUCCAAGAUCACGACGCUUUAAACAGCGAAUGAGAAGAUAG